GUCGAACGGUCGACGGCGGACGACGGACGGCGCUCGUUUGACGACACCGACGCCAAAUAAGCGUUUCCCUCCAGUGUGGCGUCGACGCUCUCAUCUCAUUUGAGCAAUCGCGAAAGGCGAUUGGAAUAGUCACAUUUUUCUUUAUGUUCCGAUUUUUACUAAUUGAUUAUGUGCUUGAUUUGUUGAAAUUCUGUGUUAGUUUUGCUCGAUUUGUUUAUAGCCCUCGUUGAGGGCUGCAGUAUGAACUUCGCGAAUCAUCCAACAAUCGCUUUUGGUCCGUACAACCUGCAGAAAGAGGGGGAUGUGCAUGGCAAGGCCCAAUUAGUGCGACCGCCACCGCGAUGAGUACCGUGGGGGCGGGCGUUACGAGCCCUGGACAAGCGGUUGCGGCUCGGACGCCGACGGCCCCCAAACGACCCGUCCGUCGCGGCGGCAAAGCGCCCCCUGAUCGUCCGCAACGUGCCCUUUUUUGCCUCUAUUUGAAGAACCCAAUCAGAAAAUUAUGCAUUGACGUUGUAGAAUGGAAACCCUUCGAAUGGUUAAUUUUACUUACAAUAUUUGCGAAUUGUGUUGCCUUAGCUGUUUACACUCCUUUCCCCAAUACCGAUUCGAAUUCGACAAACGCGAUUUUGGAAAAGAUCGAGUAUAUCUUUUUAGUAAUUUUCACAACAGAAUGUGUAAUGAAAAUCCUCGCUUAUGGGUUUCUUAUGCAUCCAGGGGCGUAUCUACGGAAUGGUUGGAAUUUACUUGAUUUUACAAUUGUUGUUAUAGGAUUAAUUACUACGGUAUUACAAAAUCUCAGUAAGGAAACUUUCGAUGUGAAAGCUCUAAGAGCUUUUAGGGUACUUCGACCUUUACGACUCGUUUCUGGCGUACCAAGUUUACAAGUUGUAUUGAAUUCGAUUCUUCGUGCCAUGGUGCCUUUAUUGCAUAUAGCUCUGUUAGUACUAUUUGUUAUUAUAAUUUAUGCGAUUAUUGGCUUAGAAUUAUUCUCAGGAAAAAUGCAUAUGACUUGUUAUGACAAUGUUACAGGUAAAGCAAUGGAUGAACCGCACCCGUGCGGGACCGAUGAAGGCUUUGAUUGCGCACAACUUAAUAUGGUCUGUAGUGACCGCGGUUGGAAAGGACCAAACGAUGGCAUCACAAAUUUCGAUAAUUUCGGUCUUUCCAUGUUGACUGUAUUCCAAUGUAUUACCCUCGAGGGUUGGACUGACGUGCUUUACAAUAUACAAGAUGCGUCGGGCAGAACGUGGCAAUGGUUGUAUUUCGUGUCGAUGGUAAUUCUUGGAGCAUUUUUCGUGAUGAAUCUAAUUCUCGGUGUACUGAGUGGUGAGUUUUCAAAGGAAAGAGAAAAGGCGAAAGCCCGCGGAGAUUUUCAUAAGCUCAGAGAAAAGCAGCAGCUUGAGGAAGACCUGAGAGGUUACUUGGAUUGGAUUACUCAAGCUGAAGAUAUUGAACCAGAAGGAGAAGAUCAUCAGAACCAAGAUAACAGAAAUAUGACUCAAAAUGAAAUGGAAUCUACUGAUUACAUUGGCGAAGAAGAAGUGCAGCAGGAGUCAUGGUUUAAGAGGAAGAAAAAAGAUUUCGAUCGCGUUAACCGAAGGAUGCGAAGAGCUUGCAGGAAGGCCGUUAAAUCUCAAACUUUCUAUUGGCUCAUCAUUGUAUUAGUCUUUUUGAAUACCGGAGUUUUGGCUACGGAACAUUACAAGCAACCAGAAUGGUUAGAUAAAUUUCAAGAAUAUACUAAUAUGUUUUUUAUUGCUCUGUUUACGAUGGAAAUGUUGUUAAAGAUGUAUAGUCUAGGUUUUCAAGGAUAUUUUGUAUCGUUAUUUAAUAGAUUUGAUUGCUUUGUUGUAAUUGGUAGUAUUAUGGAAAUGAUUUUAACUAACACUCACGUUAUGCCUCAUUUGGGAAUAUCUGUGUUACGUUGUGUUAGAUUGUUAAGAGUGUUUAAGGUAACUAAGUACUGGCGAUCAUUAUCAAACCUAGUUGCAUCGUUGUUAAAUUCUAUUCAAUCGAUUGCGUCUCUUUUGCUUCUAUUAUUUCUGUUCAUCGUUAUAUUUGCUUUAUUGGGAAUGCAAGUUUUUGGUGGAAGAUUCAAUAAAGACACCGAGGAGAAAACCAGAUAUAAUUUCGAUAGUUUUUGGCAAAGUCUUCUUACCGUAUUCCAGAUAUUGACUGGUGAAGAUUGGAACGUUGUAAUGUAUGAAGGUAUAGCGGCUUACGGAGGCGUUGAGUCACCAGGCGUUCUGUCCUGUAUUUACUUCAUAAUUCUCUUCAUUUGCGGUAACUACAUUCUACUGAAUGUGUUCUUGGCCAUUGCUGUAGAUAAUUUAGCAGACGCCGAAUCUCUAUCGGCAAUCGAAAAAGAAGAGGAAGAAGGCGAAAGAAAAUCAAAAAGUCCUACACCACAAGAGGAGCUAGACGAAGAGCACAGUGUAGAAGAAGAAGAGACUGACGAUGGACAAUAUUCUGGAAGAUCGGAGCAUGACGAGGAGGCGGAAUCUCAAACGAAAAUUCCCGAAGAAGGAGAAUUCGAAGAUCAAAAUGAAGAUGGAGAUGAUGAGGCGGGCAACGAUGAUGGGGCGCAACCACGCCGCAUGUCUGAAAUAAAACAAAACACACAGACGUUGCCAAUACCGCCAGCGUCAUCUUUCUUCAUAUUUUCUCCUACGAACAGAUUUCGCGUCUUCUGCCAUUGGUUUUGCAAUCACAGUUAUUUUAGCAAUAUGAUUUUGGUCUGCAUUAUGGUAUCUUCAGCAUUAUUAGCAGUUGAGGACCCAAUAGAUACUAAUUCGGAAACAAAUAAGGUGCUGUCAAAAUUUGAUGUGUUUUUUACAAUAAUCUUUUCAAUUGAACUGAUGCUCAAAACCAUUGCUUAUGGAUGCAUCUUACACGACGGUGCCUUCUUACGUUCGGCCUUCAAUAUGUUGGAUUUACUAGUUGUUUGUGUGUCAUUAGUAUCUAUAUAUAAUAGUCAAGGCGCAAUGAAUGUGGUUAAGAUUUUAAGAGUACUGAGAGUUUUACGACCUUUAAGAGCAAUUAACAGGGCUAAAGGAUUGAAGUACGUAGUGAAAUGCGUGAUAGUAGCCAUUAAGACGAUCGGCAAUAUUAUGCUGGUCACCUACCUACUGCAGUUCAUGUUCGCUGUCAUAGGAGUGCAACUAUUCAAGGGAAAGUUCUCGCACUGCACCGACAGAUCCAAGAUGACUGCUGAAGACUGCAAUGGAACUUAUUUGGUGUAUGAAAAUGGGGACAUAAAUCGCCCAUCGAUGAGAGAAAGAAGAUGGGACCCGAAUAAAUUUCAUUUCGAUAACGUGCUAAAAGCAAUGUUGACUCUCUUUACUGUUUCGACAUUUGAAGGAUGGCCGACUUUGUUAUACGUUUCAAUAGACUCGAAUGAAGAAAAUAAAGGACCAAUUCAUAAUGCCCGCCCUAUAGUAGCAGCAUACUACAUAAUAUACAUUAUUAUAAUAGCUUUCUUUAUGGUUAAUAUAUUCGUCGGUUUCGUUAUCGUUACAUUCCAAAACGAAGGAGAGCAAGAAUACAAAAAUUGCGAAUUGGAUAAAAACCAGCGUAACUGUAUAGAAUUUGCACUCAAAGCUAAGCCAAUUCGUCGAUAUAUUCCGAAACAUCGUAUUCAAUACAAGGUUUGGUGGUUCGUUACAUCAAGACCGUUUGAAUAUGCAAUAUUUACUCUAAUCUUAACAAAUACAAUAACACUGGGCAUGAAAUUUCACCAUAAGCCAGAUGACUAUGCAAUGUAUGAAAAAGUUUUAGAUUAUCUUAAUAUGAUUUUUACGGCAGUUUUUGCUAUGGAAUUCGUUUUUAAAUUGGCUGCAUUCCGAGUUAAAAACUAUUUUGGAGAUGCUUGGAAUGUCUUCGAUUUCAUUAUAGUACUAGGUAGUUUCGUUGAUAUUGUAUAUCAAGAUGUUAACCCUGGAAAUAAAUUUAAACUGUCUGGUAACUUCUUCCGCCUAUUCCGUGUCAUGAGACUUAUUAAAUUAUUGAAUAGAGGAGAAGGUAUUAGAACACUUCUAUGGACAUUCCUAAAAUCAUUUCAAGCUCUCCCAUAUGUAGCUCUAUUAAUUGUAAUGCUAUUCUUCAUAUACGCUGUCAUUGGAAUGCAGAUGUUUGGAAAAAUUGAAAGCAAUGAUCUAGAAUCGUCUUCGUCCAUCACGAGGAACAAUAAUUUUGGAUCGUUUUUUCAAGCUGUACUGGUUCUGUUUCGAUCUGCUACAGGUGAAGCAUGGCAAGAAAUAAUGAUGGACUGUGCGGGCACACCAAUAGCUAAAUGUGACAGGAAACUAAAAAAACUAAGUAACUGUGGCUCAGUAGUAGCCUAUCCGUUUUUCAUUUCAUUCUAUGUAUUAUGUUCGUUCUUGAUUAUUAACUUAUUCGUAGCGGUCAUUAUGGAUAAUUUCGAUUAUUUGACACGAGAUUGGUCGAUUUUAGGACCACACCAUUUAGAUGAAUUCAUUAGAUUAUGGAGUGAAUACGAUCCUGACGCAAAAGGACGAAUCAAACACCUUGAUGUUGUAACGCUUCUUCGGAAGAUUUCACCACCACUCGGUUUCGGUAAACUCUGUCCUCAUCGCGUGGCUUGCAAACGGCUCGUUUCCAUGAACAUGCCACUGAACAGUGACGGAACGGUUCUCUUCAACGCCACGCUGUUCGCCGUUGUUCGGACAUCCUUGAGGAUAAAAACCGAUGGUCCCAACAUCGAUGAUUGCAACGCGGAACUUCGAGCGGUCAUCAAAAAAAUAUGGAAGCGGACCAGCCCGAAACUAUUGGACCAAGUUGUACCGCCACCAGGAGUGGACGAUGAAGUGACCGUGGGAAAAUUCUACGCCACGUUCCUUAUCCAGGAUUAUUUCAGACGCUUCAAGAAGCGAAAGGAGCAAGAAAUGAAAGAAGGCGAUAAAGAUAUUCACAAUACCGUGACUUUGCAAGCCGGCUUGAGAACCUUGCACGAAGCAGGACCCGAACUUAAACGCGCCAUUUCUGGAAAUCUGGACGAACUUAUUGAUGAUAACCCAGAACCUAUGCAUAGAAGAAACCAUUCCCUUUUUGGUAGCGUCUGGUCCUCUAUGAAACGUGGUCACACUUUCAACCGAGCAAAAUCCUUAAAACUAAACUCCACCCAAAUAAAAAUAACACCGGCUUCGAGUGUCGAUUACCUUCCGUACAAUUCGAUUAAAAAUGCCGUUACCGAGGGAAUGAAUCACAUAACAUCAAUGACUAAAAACGUGCAAAACCGGGUCAGCGUCAACUCAUUGAACAACCAGGAGAAUUUCAAAGACGAGGAAAUCCCGCUGAGAUCUCUUAAUAACAUACGUAAUGGGGAUGAUAAGAACACGUAUACAGUAAUCGAUCUUCAGGGUGACAAGACAGCGGAGUUGAUGCCUCCAACCCCACCGCCGCGCCGCGUCCGUCUGGGACUAGGGGGCGGUUGCAUGUCAGCCACAGUCACAGCCACAGCUACACCUACAUCCACUCCUACACUUUCGUCUGUACCUGCGCCUUCGGUGCCCGUAGCUGCGCAGCAAGCACCAAGCUUUAAUCGCAUUGCAAGCGGGCUGAAACUUGCGCAAGCGCAAGCUAUGGCCGUCGCAGGCUUCUUGCCAGAACCAGAGCCUUCGCUUGGUCUUGGUGAUUCGCCUCUUCCUCUCGGUAGACUUCACCCAUUCGUCUUUGAUUCCGAAGGAUAUAACCGGCAUGCGCCUUGUACUCUACUGAAUCACAGGGCUUCCUUCCACGGCAGAGGUGGAGUGAGAGGUAGAGAAGGAAGCGGUGAGGCAGCAAACGGACAUGUGGGCGCCGAACGAUUGAGCCACUCACUGCCAGGCAGUCCAGCGGACCGUAGAGCCGUUCCCUUCGAAGUAGUCGGUUCUGCGGAAAGCCUCGUCGGUCGCAUCCUAGCCGAGCAGGGCUUGGGUAAGUACUGCGAUCCGGACUUCGUGCGCUAUACCUCCAAGGAGAUGCAAGAAGCAUUGGACAUGACUCAAGAGGAGAUGGACCGCGCGGCCCACCAGAUCCUCCAGCAAGAGAAACUCAUACACCAUCCGUUGCAUCCGGCGCAGGCGCAGCAACAGCUGCAGUCGCAGCCGCAGCAGCACUCAUAGCAAUUUCCAAUUCGUAAUUUGUCAUUUGAGUGUCCAAUUACCUCCGCCACACUACCAAGUGCCUAAAUUUAUUUCUUCUGGUCCAAGGAAGACUUUAUAUAUUAAUUAAUAAGGUGUAGUUUUUUAACCCGGAUUAUUUUAUUCAUGGAAGGAUUGUUUCUCCAAUUGCAAAAUUACCUAAUGUACAGGGUGUGAAUUAUGAAAUGAACUGUCAUUAUAAUUUACCAUUUUCUAAUAUCAAAUGUGUCAAAAUAUGAAUAACAAUA